UUUAUUUGGUCAGCUGGUUUUGGCAUCCACGUGUCCGAUCACUCUUCUCACGGAAUAACACGUCUAUCUUUGUGCUCUAUCUAAUGAAACACGUCUUUUAGGAACAUUUCCUUCGUGAUUUUACAUGUGUUGACUUAAUCAUAAAAAUAUAAACCUACAUGAGUUUUCUGGUGGGAAUAUUAAAAUCUCUGUCUAUCCAAAAAAUAAGUGGAGAUGACGGACGAAUUUCCGACGAAAUGACAGACAUAAACACGACGGUCUGAAGGAUGUUAUUUAGCCUAAGCCUCUACCAGAGGGAACAUAAUCUACUAGACCUUUACAACCCAACAAAACUACUACUACUACAAACCAACCCUAUGAAGAAACAACUCGGGAAGAAAUGUGGUGGACGAGAGGUUCAGAACAAGACAUGACUCAAGGAGGAUGCUGAGCCACACUCGUCUUAAAGUGUGUGUGGUGGUAGCAGCAGUAUUUUGGUUUACACUGCUGAUCUAUGUCUUGUCUUUCCUACGAGGACGACCAGGGAGUCCAGCAGAUUCCACAAAGCACAUAAAUACCCUGAGGCAAGCAGGAAAUAUUGCACUUGCCCGGGUUGCUAAAAGUCAGGCAUUGCUGAGUGAGUUCUUGCAGCAUGCAUGGAAAGGAAACAUCUCCCUCAGCUAUUCACUAUCUUCCAACAAACCUGUCCCAUCAUCUAGACUCACCUCAGGUGGCAAGGACUCCCUGAAGGUGGUGGUGUCAGGGGAUACAGACAGCUUGCUUGGGGUGAUGGCAAUGAUGAACAGUGUGGCUACCAACACUCAUCAUCCCCUUCACUUCUAUGUCACUCUGCCCAGUGCUGUCAUACCUCACUUCAAUAAGUGGAUAUCUCAAACCAAACUGCGUACUGCUGGUCUCACUGUGAAGCCCCAUCCAUCCAAGGUGCCACAAAAAAGGCCCCAUUAUGCCAAAAUCUACAUCAAGGAUAUAUUCCCCAACCUGAAGGGCAGUUUUGUCUACCUUGAACCAGAUGUGAUUGUACAAGGAGACAUAUCAGAACUUCUGAGCACUCCUAUCAUCAGCUCCUACUUUGGUGCCUUCACAAAGGAUUGCUUCUCAAGUUCCAAGCACCUAACCCUGACCCACCAAUACUAUUCCUCCCACCUAAACCUGCUCCACCCUGCCAUUCGUGCCCUUAAGAUCCGUCCUAAUACUUGUAUUCCCAAUACUGGAGUCUUUGUGAGUGAGAUGCACCUUUGGGCCAAUGCCUCCCACCAGAUGCAAGAGUUGAUCAGCAGCAGCACCAUCAAUGACCCAAUAUAUUCUUCCAUGGGUGAUGAGGGAGAAGCAGCUGUGUUAGCUGUGAUAUAUGGCCACAUGGUUCCCUUGCCUCAUGUCUGGCACCUCCCUGACCUAGGUCUGAAGGCACAAGUCAGCUACUCCAAACAUUUUGUCCAGUCUGCCAAGCUUCUACACUGGAAUGGCCACUUCAAGCCUUGGUCACGCAAAGCUGCUUUCUCUGAUGUAUGGCUGCACUAUUACUUGGCUGACCCAAGUGGCAAAUAUCGACCAGCUAGAAUUUCUCUUUAAUACAUACAGUGUUAUUGGUCAAUUUUCCUCAUUCAGUAUUAUUCCAGUAUUAUACUGGUACUGGCUGCAAGACUAAUCUUUCAAACCCUCUCAUUCAUAAGUGUGCAAUGAUAACUUAAUUCAUACCUUUUGUAAUUAUCUUUAUGAUUAUACUAGUGAGCUUGUAUUUUUCACAACUAAGAAGUCUGCAAAGUGGAGAUAAUUUGGGUUGAUUUUUCAUGUUGUAGUUCCUUCUUGUCUUGAGCUACAGCACAAGAGUACAAACCCAAAUUGAAGAGCUGCAAUUUCACUGCCUGUUAAAAAUGUCAGGUUAGCAAUCUAUCCUCUUACAUGUUUUUAUAUAGUGUGAGCUAAUGUUUGCAUGCACAUGUAUGAAAAGAUAAUACAAAUGACCAGAAGUGUCUUGUGCCAACUUACUAGUAGUGGUCACACAAAGUCUAAGGCCUCAUGUAUAAUAAUGUAUUGUCUCACUCUAGCUGAGGAAAUCAAUCCUAGACUUCUCAAUUAUAAGAUGAAAAUAGUAACCAUUACACCAUAAAGCUGUUUUUAAAAUAAUCAAAAUAAUGCAUCCUGAGUAUAGAAUAAUGUUAUAAUCAUAUAAUUUAACAUAACAAUUUAAUGGUCAUAAUUUAAUCCUUUUUAUGAAACAAAUUCCACAUGUUAGCCUAUCACUGAAGUUACAUGACAUACCUAUUUGGUGGUCAUAAAUUCAUCCUUUUAAAAAAGUUCAGUAUACACUUAAGUCAGCCUUCUUCACCUUUGUGUGCGCAGGAAAAGGGGGAGAGAAGGGUCACUAGUCAAGUGCUACAUUGAUUAAUCUUUUACUGAGAGUUCAAACACACACAAAACACAACAGUAGGGUUCAUUAAAAGACAUCUGAACAAUAUUCACAUUUUUUACUAAACAUCUGCAAGGUUUUAAAACAUGUGGCACAAAAAAUAUGAAAAUUAUGUCUGAGAAAUGAGAAGGGUGAAGAUGAUGACAGUAAAGAGGCAGUGAAAAGGAAUUAUCUUUCCUUAUAAAUCAAUAAAAAAGUAACCAUUUGAUUGUCAGUGAUGGUGAUGCAUAAGUUGUUGCAGUGCUGAAACUCUGAACCCAACACAAAUGACAACAAGAAAAUAUGUAAUCUUUGUUUCUGAAGCUAAAAGCAUAAGAGAAUUCCACUAGCUCAUAAUUUGUAAUUCUAAAUUGCUUUCAGUACAGUCAAAUUCUACAAAUUCAUGUACAAUAUCUUUGAUGAUUACUCUAUAGUAAGAUGACUUUAAGGUCACUGCUCAUCCAAACCACAAUAGUGCUUGCACUGCACUCUGAAAUAAUCAAGGGACUAUGGUAUUUAAACUGUUUUUGCACUCAGACAAUUUGGGAAGUGUGAUCACUGAGACAGUUUGCAAGUGCAUGAUCUAGGUGCUGCACAGUUUGCUCAUAAGUUUUAUUAUAGUUAUUCUUGAAAACUACCUAAAUAUGGUUCCUUACAAAAUCUUGCCUUCAAGAAUGAAGACUAAGAUUUGAUAGCAGAUAAGUGGCAGAUAGUUUACAUAUAUGACAAAUAACAUUUUCAUUGCUGACAAUGAGUGAGAAUUCCUUGUAAAAAUCAAAGCAGCCAACUUAAUGGAUUCAGGAAAGGAAAAUAUGCGUCAUGAAAAGAAUGGGAUAAAGGUAUUUGAUGCCAAGCAAAAUUACAAUAUAAAGCUCAGCAGGACUGUCACUUGUUGAGUGGCUGAUAUAUGCUUUCCAUACAAGUCUGCUGUAUUUGACUUUCUUUGUGAUAUAACUUUCUAUACAAUGCUACAUAUUCUUCUUCAUCCACUCUUAUAUCACAAUGCCCUUUCCAUACCUAUCUCCAAUUCAAUUUCCCUCUUGCCUCUAAUUUCAUUAUGAGUAUGUAGCUUUCAUCUCUUACAUCAAACAAUAGUCACAUAUUGCUUGCUAUUCUUCUGACUCAAUAGUUUUUUUUAUCUCACAAGAUUAAUUUAAUUUAUAAGCUAAAGUAUGAAUUUUAGUUGUAUUCUGCACAAAGAAAAGUUUAGGAGGAAAUCUAGUUUUAAUAAGCUGAAAAUUACAUACAAUGUAAUUUUUUUCUUCAGAAAAUCUUGUCUGAAAAAUUCUGUACAAAAUACUUCAGUGCGUGGAAAGUGUGAUAUGGUCUCAAAACUUAUUAUAAAGUCAUAUAUAUAAGUGUGCAUACCUGCUUAAGGUGGUUACACUAAAUAUCUACCAACUUACUAUUUAUUGAAAUUUGUAGAAAAAUGUUCAGCAUAUUAUGUAAGAUAAUGAAAGUUUUUUCCUCUCUCUCCUAUGUAAUUGCCUUAAAUUUUAAUAUCUGUACUAAAUGAACCUUCAGUAUUGUGCUCUGGAUCUUUAUGAUAGAUAGACUAUAUUAUGAUCUCAACCACAUAAAUGCAUUUUGUUUAUUCAGUGAUAAGUGAGGUGAUGUAUGGGCAGUGCCUGCAAUGGUAAAGAAUGUGACCGC